UUACAAUAUUCACAGGAGCAGCACAGCUUGGAGCAAGCCAAAUUUGCUGAGAAACUGAGCAAGGCUAAAGAUGAGUUGGACCAGUCCGUAGAAGAGAAAGCUUUCGCCAUUGCAGAAACCAAGCAGAUGAUGCAUGGUGAGCUAGAAAACAGAGACCAGCAGAUCUCAGAGCUGAGGGCCAAGGCACAGGCUGCUGCUAGCGAAGCUGAGACACUGAAAGCAGAGGGAGAGAAGAGCAAGAAAAAAAUUGGAGAGCUGAAAGCAGAGCUUGAGAAGCAGUUAUCAGAGUCAGAGGCAAGGGGUGACCAAGAGAAGCAGAGCCUAGCACAGGAGCUCUCCAGAGGGAAACAAGCUGUCAUCAAUCUUAUGCAGUGGAUCACAUCAGUUGAACCUCUAGAAUCCGAGUCUUCCACGUCUGAUCUCGACAUGGAAUCGUUAUGGAUUACAAAGGAUUCAGGAUCGUCGGUGGAUGGGGUCGAGCCGUGUAACGGAAACAACUUCAUGGAAGAUGCAUAUAAAGAGAAAGAGAAGGAUGACCUGAAGGAAGAAAUGCUGAAGGAGAAAGAAGCGGCUAUCCAGGAGAGGAACAAACACUGGGAGGUUGUCAUAGAAACAAAACAGAAGGAAUACCAAGAAUCACUCCAUGCUAAGGAUCGUGAGCAUGAGUUGGCAUUGCAGAGACACACAGAAGAACAGCAGAGGAUAGUCAAGGAGAAGGAAGCUGAGAUGAUGAUGGCUAUUGAGGAAAGAGAACUUCAGAAGAUGGCUGCCGUCAGCGCUCAGGAUAAUCAGAAAGAUGAACUUCAGAGAAUCAUUGAUUCCAUGAAAUCUGAGAAGCUAGAGCAGGAUUCUGAAUUACAGCAGUUACAGGAAAAAUACAAGGUUGACACCAAGGAGCUGAGAGAUAAGAUUGAGGACAUCGUCACCAGGAGCAAGGCAGUCAUCGCCAAGCUCAGAGCACAGCAGAGCGAGGGGACUCAAGAUCUUAACCAGAAACACGAGGAAGAGAUGGCCAACAAAAUACAGGAGCUUACACAGGAGCAUAGGAACUACGUCGAGGAACUGAGACAACAGCACCAGGAAGCCUUUGAAGCUGCCAAUGUGGAAUCAGAGAAACUCAACAAACAACAGAUGAAUGAUUUGAAGCAGAACGAGGAGAAAGUCGUUCAGGAGAAAGUGGAUCAACUUCAGAGUCUUGCCGGAAAAGCUCAGAACAUGAAGCAAAGGAUUCAGGAUCUCCAAGCACAGAAGAAAGAGAUGGAGGCGAAGAUUGAAGAACUCGAUUCAAAGCUGGCCCAAGAAUCUGACAAUCACACCAAGAUACUUGAAGAGAAAGACAGAUCAUUGGAGAAGAUAACCCAAGACCUUGCCAUAGUCAAUCAAAAGAACCAGACUCUAGAAGAAGAGCUUGCUGCUAAGAGGAAGGAGAUGGAUUCCAGUAGUACAGAACUCUCUGAAAUGUUGGAAGAGGAGCGUAAAGCAAAGGAGGAGAGAGAUGUAGAUAUUGAGAAAUUGAGGCAAGAGGUGGAAGAGAUGAAGCAGAAAUCUGAUUCCUUUUUGCGAGAGAUUGAAGCUAAGAACGCGGAACAUGAGAACAAGAUCAGUGAGUAUGAACAGAAGAUGACAUUCCAGGAGGAGAACCAUGAGAAAGAGUUGAGUCGGAGGUUGGAGGCCCUGGAGGUCCAGAAGAACAGUUCUGUCAACGAGGUCUCUGCGGACCUUGGGAAGAAGCUGGAGGAGGCUAACGAGUCUCUGGGUACAAAGGAAAAGGUCGUUCAAGAUCUGCAGCUCAGAGAGAAGGAGCUUCAGACGGCGAUGGACUCGCUGAAGAAUAAACUUGAAGGAGAUCUCAACUCUGCCAACGAGAUGAUCCAACAGGAGCGACAGAGGCAUGAGGAACUGGUUGGGCAGCUUAGGAACAGUGUUCAGGAGCUUACAGAAAGCAACAAGAAGUGCUCUGAUGAAAUCAAGGAGUUGGAGCGAGUAGGAGCAGAGAAGGAUGUUGCCCUUGAGAAACUAACAGAGACUGUGGCUACGUUGACUCAGAAUGCAGAAGACUUGCAGAGACAGCUCGCAGAGAAUGUUGCUAAGGUCCAAGAGGGGGUUCAGAAGGGAGAAGAGGCAGUAGCAAAACUUCAAGAAGAGCUGUCUGGAUCAAAGGCAACACUAGAAUGCAAGGAAAAGGAAGUCGUUGAGACAAAAGCUACACUUGAAACGAAUUUGAAGGAGAAAGAUGAUGAAUUGAAUGCUGCAAAGGCAAAGGCAGAUGAUGUCAAUGCAGAACUUGAAGAUACCAGAAAAUCAUUAGUUGAUGUAGAACUUAAUCUCACAAAGACAUCAGAAUCUAAUAUGAAUCUUGAAAACAGAGUAAGAACACUUGAGGAGUCCAUUGCCAGGAAGGAGGAAGAACAACAAGAGCUGAAUGCCAAGAAGGAUAGUGAUUUUGAGGAAAGGUUGCAAACAGAGAGGGAAAACCAUGAAAAAGAUGUAGCCAGAAGGGUAGAGGCUUGGGAAGCCCAAACACAGAGCUCCGUCGGUGAAGUGGCCCAGGAGUUGGGUAGGAAGCUACAGGAGGCAAACGAUAUGAUCAGUCACCUCGAAAAUGACAUUGCUGAUUUGAAAGAAAAGGAACAGUCACUAGCAUCUUCACUAGAAGAAAAUCAAAGCAAGCAUGCAGCAUUUGUAUCAGAUAUGGAAAUCAAGGAAACUGACCUCAAGUCCAAAGUAGAACAGCUUCAGAAACAGCAUGAGGAUUCCUUAUCGCUUCUGGAAAAUAAAGAAAAGGAAAUCAGUAAUAAUCUUGCAGCAAUAAAGGAGAAGGAAGCUGAGUUCCAUGAACGCAAGCUUCGGGAGAAUGAACUGAUUGCCCUGGUUGAGAAUGCAAAGUCUGAAGGACAGAGUCAAGUUGAGGUUGUGAGCAAGGAAAUUGAAAACUUGCAGCAGCAGGUCUCUGAGAAAGAUACCUUGUUGCUCCAGAAGUCUCAAUCCCUGGAAACGGAGGUCAGUGCUAAAAAUAAGGAGAUUCUGUCUCUACAUGAAGAGAUGAAUGCCUUGACUGAAGAAAAGGCAGGACUAAACCAGAAGAUGGAUGAGUUGUCAAAGUUAGAGGGAGAGAGAGUUCUUGAGAUAGAGAGUCUUCAGGCAACUUCACUUAGGAAGGAUGAGGAGAUAGGGAGCCUCAAGGACGCCAUACAGGACAGGAUUAGACAUGAUGAGAAGGUUGCUACCCAAGUCCAGGAAUUGAAUCAGCAAAACACCAUGCAAAAUGAUGUUGUGGAGUCCAUGCGCAAAGAACUGAGAGAAGCAGUGGAACAGAAAGACUCCGAGCUACAAAGGCUGACUGAUGAAUUUACACAAAAAGAGCAGUCUUUGAAAGACAGUCACAAAACACACAUUGUUGACUUUCAAGAGAAGGUGAAAAGUAAGCUUGCCACCUUACGUAAAGAACAGGCGGAAGCUAUUCUGGCAAAAAAUGUAGGGAUUGAAGGGAUGAAAGCCGAAAUGGAUUGUAUGCAAGCAAGCUUCGAUGAGGAGAAGGAAGAACUGAAAAGGAAAACAGAACAGAAGUUGACAGAAUUAGAAGAAAAGAUACAGGAAACUGUGGAGAAGUGCCAGAGGAGAGAGGCUGAACUACAAGAGCAUCUUGGAGCCCAACAGACCCAACAUGAGGAGGAGGUGGAGAAAUCAAGGAGAGAUCAUGAAGCCAUGCUCCAGGAGAAGGAGACUUCGUUCCAGGAGCAGCUGUCAGGUCUCCUGAAUGAGAAGCAUGUAGGGAUUGAGGAGGUCACCAUCCAGAUGCAAGCAAGUCACCAGGAACAGCUGGACAGGAUGAAGAAUGAGAUCGAGGAGAAACAGAAGGAACUUGAACGGGUCAAGGAAGAAGGUGUACUGAAGGAGAACAAGCUGAAAGAACAGUCGGGUCGGAAGUUGAAGGAGCUCAAGGAACAAGCCAAAGCUAAGAUUGCCAAAGUGAUUGCAACUCAGAAAGAGGAAACAGAAUCUGUCAGGGAAGAUCUAGAAAAACAAUUAGCUGCUGCAUCAACAGAAUUGAGCUCUGUGCAAGAACAGAGGAAGGAGGAGGUUGACAAACUCAACUUAGAGAGGACUGAGCAAUCAGAUAAAAUUCAACAAUUGGAAAUGCAAUAUGCUCAAUUGCAAGAAGAACUUUCUAGUACACAAGAACAGUCAAAAUCUACUGCAGAAGCACACAAAGAAGAAUAUCAGAAACUGAGAGAGGAGCAUGAAAAGCAACUUAAAGAACUGGAAGAGUCAGUUUCAAAGCAAGUGCAAAUUGUGUCUGGUAAUGAAAAGCACCAUGAAGAAAUCAUACACAAUCUUGAGAGUCAGCAUUCUGCAGAGAUGUCCGCCAAGGAUAAAGAACAGAAGAGCAGUCAUGAAGAACUAGAGCAUCAGCAUUUUGAGAUGAUGGAGUCCAUGCAGAAGCAGUUUGAAGAGACUCUCCAGACUGUGAAGGCAGAGAAGGCUUCCCUGAAGGAACAGCUUGACAAAUCUGAUGAAUACAGGUCACAGGCCAACGACCUGGUGGACAGUAACCUUGAUCUACAGGUCAAGCUGAAGGCAUCUGAAGACCAGAUCCAACUGAUGGAGCGAGAGAUCCAGGACUUGACGACAUCCUCCAAGAAACGGUUGAAUGACCUGGAAGAGGAGAAGCGGGAGGUGGGGCGGUUGCUCCUGCUGAGAGAGGAAGCCGUUGCCCAGGGAGACAGCAGGAUGCAGGAGUUAGAGGAUGAGGUCAGCACCCUCCAGGAAUCCGCACAAUCAGACACCAAGGCCAAGCUGGCUGAGCUGAAGAAGAAGGCAGAGGCCAAGUUGGUCCAAAUCAAGAACCAGUUCUCUCAGGACCUGUCCAACAGGCAGAAGGAGAUGGAGGAAGCCAUGGACAUGAAGGAGGCAGACUUUGCUGAAGCUUUGAGACGGAAGGAGAGUGAAGUCGAGGAGAUGAUGGCGAGGGCAGCAAGCUUGGACAGACAGAUGGUUGCCAUGGAGAUGACCAAUGAGCAGACUGUCUCGAGUCUCAUGAAGGAGAUUGGGGAUCUUAGAGCUCAGAUGCACGAGGAAAGGGCCUCAGCUGACAUAAUGGUGGUAGAAGCCAGAGAGCUGGUGGAGAUGGAGGUCACACAGCAGGUGGAAUCUCAGGUCACAGCUGUGAGGGAGUCUCUCCAAGGAGCAGAGGUACAGCACAAGGAAGAGAUUGAGAAGAGGAGCAAAGAGGUGGAGGAUCUCAGGACCAGCUGCAAGGAGAUGGAGAGGAAAAUAGAAGCAAUGAGUGAGGACCACAAGUCUGAAGUGACCGAGCUCACCCUGAUGCAGGAGCGCACACUAAGCAACCUGCAGAAGGAGCAGGAGGAACAGAUCACCAGGAAGGAGGAGGAACUCAACUCAAACCUCAAGAAGAUCCUCAGAGAAAUGAAUAUCAAGAUGGCCGAGAAGGAGAAAGAGAUGGAUACCAUGAUGAGGGCAGCAGUCAAUAAAGGUCAGACCAUUGAAGAGAGGAUGGAGAGGGAGCACAUGCAGAUCACCCGUGAGCUGCAGGUUCAGCUAGAUGAACAGUCCGGAGAACUAGAGACGAUCAGCGAGAAAUAUGAAGAACAGCUCAGCGUUAAGAAGGAGGAGAAGGACAAGAUGCGAGCAGAGUAUGACGAGCGGAUAUCAUCCAUGAACAUCGACCACCAGGCUGAGAUCAAUGAGAUGGAGUUCCGUGUAGAGCAUCAGGAGAGUCAGCAUCAGAAUGAGCUGUCAGAUUUAGAGGCCAGGCUUAGGAACGAGAUGGAAGAUGUGAAGGCUAAACUUCAAGAGGAGAUUGCUAUCAUGCAACAGGUAAGCCUUCCUACUAGUCUUCACUACUUAGACCCAGUCUCUAUGUCACAGAGUGAUGGGGAAGGUUUAACAAGUCAUGACAUUGAACUUCAGAAUGUCCAGUUACAGGCUGAAUCCCAACAGCUGAGAGGAUUACUAGCGGAGGUGAAGCUCAAAGAGAAGAGGUUGGAAGCAGAGCUUAUAUCGUUGCGUGGAGGUGGUGGAGGGGCUAACAGCAUGGUCAAGACUGGUCCUGUCCUUGCUGAGGCUACUGAAAUUGAGUACCUGAAGAAAGUUCUCUAUGAGUACAUGAUGGGCAGAGAAACUAAGACAAUGGCUAAAGUGAUAGCUGCGGUGGUGAAGUUUUCACGAGAGCAGACUGAUAAUAUUAUAGCAAAGGAAGAGCAAAAACAAGGGCUGGUCCCUGAUCAUGUAUGUAGUACUGUGAGCCGAAGACUCUCCCGCAACUAUAACUUGGGCGCCUGGCUACCCAUUGAUGACCGUGAACAAGUCCAGGAGGAGGGGCUCCUUGACUUCCAGAUACCUGAUGGAGCACCAGCAGGUGGUGGAGCCACAGGAGCAGGAGGAGGAGUGGUCAGUGAGGGAGCGGUGGUGCUUAGACGGAAGCGGUCAUCGCGCCGGAAAGCUGGCGUCUGGAGAGGCAGCGCGGUGCUAAGCACCGACAUCACCUCGUACUAUAGCUGCAGAGAACACAUCAUGUUGAUCGAAGAGAUGCGCAGGUACUCGCAGCUCAGCGACUCCAGUAACGUUGAAGAAGAAGAGUUCAGACUCCACUCCAAUGACUUCAUGUGAAGCUAGCCGUGCUGGCUUCUAUUCAUCCUUUAUUUAUUAGCCAUUGCCGAUUGCUUCCUUUCUAAUACAUGUAUCGCAGUCACGCCACCAAGCUAGCCAUUAAAAAAAUGAUGACUCCACACCGACCGAUUCCUGGCCAUUGUCUCCUGUCGGUCUCCUGUCGGCCUCCUGCUGGUUUGCCAUUGUUCCUGUCUGUGUGACUGAGUUAUAAGAAUGACCCUCAUUCGUAAUUUUGAGCUAAUAAACUAGAUUCAGAAAAGAGGAUUCCAUAGAAGUCCCAUACAUGUACCUCCAUUCUAUGACUAUUUCCCCAAGCUUGUUCUAACUUUACUUGUGAUGAGAAAAACUCCUGUUAUAUCUACUUAUCUUUAAUAUCUCCAGGGCCUUUGUUAAGCCUAUAAAGAUAGUUGUCUAACAUAUACAUGUACCUUUCGAUGAGACAAAUUUUCCUGGGAAACUCAUCUCGAUCAUUGACAAUCCUGAGAAGUAAAAAGGCAUUUAAACUGUACCUGAUCAUUUAUGCCCUUCUUCUUCUCAUGAGCAAAAACACUGAGUUGUGAGCUUCCUUGGGGAAAUAUGUUUUUCAAAUGUUACACUGAUCCUUCUAAUAUAUUGUCAAUAUUUCUCCUGUGGUAGUAGAAUACUGUAUGAAUGCUUGUAUCAUUCCAUUAGUAAUCAAGUGUUUCUGACUGUAUUACACAUCUUAUCAAGUGUGUAUAAACGUAAAUAUGUUGUUUGGUGGGGUUUUUUUUAAUUGCACAUUCUAACUUAUGAUUUCAAUCAAUUUUAGUUUUUAAUAGUCAUAAGUUACACCGAAAAAUGACAAAUAAUGUAAUUUUUUGUCAAUAUACUAAUAUAUUAUUUUGCCAUUACAUAGUUUGAUGAAAUACUUAUCACAUACUUUGACUAGUAAUUUUCAAUGUUAUUUUUCUGGAUUUUUUUCUUUUUAAUACAUUGCCUCAUAAAUAUGUUUGAUUUCUAGCUUUUGAUUUUUAAAAAAAUUAAUACAUGCAUGUAUGUUUUGAAAAUUGCUUCAUUAAUGCACCAAAUAGCAGCUCAUGUUAGCACCAAUGUCAGGGGUAAUCUUCCUAAUGAGAUUAGUAAAAUGGGAUUUUCAAUGGAUCAAACAGAUCAAACAUUUUCUAUUUUUUUAAACAUUUAGUGCCAAAUUCUUCAUGACUUCACUUUGGGUAUAACUGUUUGUGCUUAUGAUUUUGGGCACUGUAACAUUUCCAAUGUCAAAAAUACAAGAAGUACAGAUAAAUAAUGAUAAAACAGUAAACUUCUGCAACUAGUUGUCCACACAUUCAAUGCGAAGUAUUCAUGAAUGUACAUAAUAGUUUUUUGACAUUUUUAUACAAUAUGAGUUUAUUAUACAGCUUGUAGUCGAUUAGAUAAAAGUGUAUUGAUUUACAGUGGCCCCGAAUUCACAAAGGAGGUUUAACUUAACCCAGGGUUAAAACCCUCAUUUUACAUACCGGUAACCCAUGGUUUAAAAAUUAGUGCAAAAUAAGCGUACCUUGCCUUGAGCGCAUCUAAUAUUGAACCUCUGACUGUGUCACGCUUAUUUUGCGCUAAUUUUAGACCAUAGGUUAUGUAAAUAGAGAUUUUUACAGGGGUUAAAUUUAAACCUCCUUUUGUGUAUUCGGGCCAUUGUGUUUGAGAAAGAGCAAAUCUUCUUGUUUAUUUCAUUUAUUGCCGUAUCUACAUAAGUAUGUACAUACAGAGUUUGCUCCUUAUAUAUAUUGAAAUUUUAUUUUAUACCAUGCGUACAAAGUUAAUCUGUUACUGUAUACUUAAUACAAUGCACAUUCCGUUUUGCAAAUAUCUUUUGUUACCCCCCCCCCCCUCUCUCCUUAUAAAUUUUAGCUUGAUGUGUUUAAUCAUUUACAUGUGUAUGUACAAGCGAUUCUUCCUCAAAAGAAAAUAAAUAUAUCAACUUAACGCAAUUUCAAUCGCCUUGUGCGUCACCUAUUGAAAUGUGCGAACAUGACUAUCACGUUUCAGGUAAUACAAACAUGGUUUCUAUGGGACAUACAAUAGGGUGUUGAAAUCGCCCUUGAGUUCAAUUUUCUAAAAAUAUAACGAUUAUGUUAAAGGCACUAUAGCCCCUUAAAAUGUCCAAUUGUAUCCUCAAUGAAAUAUUCUCUCGACUAUAUUUAGUGUGUUGUCAGUUCAUCUUUUUUAUAUUAUUGUUUUUAUUUUGUUUCAAAGAAGGUACGACUUCAAGUUGAAUGAAUUGUUUAGUAUUAUAAGAGGGUCAUAUCCUUAGCUUUUGUUACUAUUUUGAAAUACAAUUGUAUUCCCCGAUGUAUUCAAAGUUACUUGCAUAACACUUCAAUCUUGAUUAGUUACGUGCCUAUGAAUAAACAGUUAAUCUCAGAAAAGUCAUCUUGAUAACCGUCGACAUUUACAGACAAAUUUGUAGAAUGAAAUCCUCUUGUUAUUCAUAUUUUACAUUGAGUAGGUUGUAAUGAAAUUUGUAUGGGAAUUUGUGCAUAUUUCAAAUUAUAUUUUUACAAUGAUUGGUGCAAUUUUUCUUCUGUUUAUAGAUAAAUUGAAUACUCUAGAUGAAUUUACAAUGUCAUAAGAAAACAAGGAGGACUGGUUAUUGUUUGUAAGGUAGUAUGUUUUGACAGACAAUAUGGAAAGUAGCUGCUGGUGGAUGGUUAAAUGUGCAUGAUUAUGUAAGUUUAUUGUUUUUUAACACUAUCCUAUGUAAAUGUAGGUCUUCUUUGUAAUUCGCAUGCUGGUUGAAAACUUCAUGAACAAUGACAACCCUGGCUCUCAACAGAUGGUUAAUCAUAUGAUUUAAUAAUAAUAAUAAUAAUAUUUAGUUUUUAUAUAGCGCUUAACAGUUAUAAUGAUGUCAACAAUUUCUAAUAAACAUAGUUAGUACCUUUAUUUUCAUCUAACCCAUUUCAGAAUUAUUUAUAUGUAUUGUUUUAAAUUUGAAAUAAUUCUAGAUGUUUUUUUUUCUGUGAAGCAUGCAGAUUUAUAUUUACGGGGUUUAGAUCAGAAAGUAUAUGAUUUGUUGCAGAUUUUAUAUGAUUUAUUAGUAAAUGUGAUGGUUAUAUGGUUGUACGAUAUGAAUGAAUUGUAAUUAUAAUUUUAAGACAUUCGUGGGUAAUUUGUUCGGGAUGUAUGAGAAGAUAUCUGGUAUAAUGACAAUUCUUGAUUAAAUUGACAGAAAUAGUACAAAUGUAAA